GUGCCGCGACGACCACCUUUCCCAUAACCUCAACACAGCGCGAUCCUUGCAGAUCAUUACGAAACGACCGAGAUCAAGUUCGCGCGAAGCCAUAUUGCUGCACAGCAACUUCCCAUCAGCUCAGUAGGUCACGAUGGCCGAACAACAGACUCCGACGUUCAAGCUCGUGCUUGUCGGUGACGGCGGUACCGGAAAGACCACCUUCGUCAAGCGCCAUAUCACAGGCGAGUUCGAGAAGAAGUACAUCGCCACUCUCGGUGUCGAGGUCCACCCUCUCGCAUUCACUACCAAUCUCGGCAACAUUCAAUUCGACGUCUGGGACACGGCAGGGCAGGAGAAGUUCGGCGGUCUUCGCGAUGGCUACUACAUCAACGGCCAGUGUGGCAUCAUCAUGUUCGACGUGACCUCGCGCAUUACCUACAAGAACGUGCCGAACUGGCAUCGUGAUCUUGUCCGCGUGUGCGAGAACAUCCCAAUCGUGCUUUGCGGCAACAAGGUAGAUGUGAAGGAGCGCAAGGUCAAGGCCAAGACGAUCACCUUCCACCGGAAGAAGAACCUGCAAUACUACGACAUCUCGGCGAAGAGCAACUACAACUUCGAGAAGCCGUUCUUGUGGCUGGCGAGGAAGUUGGUGGGCAACCAGAGCUUGGAGUUCGUCGCUGCGCCGGCACUUGCCCCGCCAGAGGUCCAGGUUGAUCAGGCCGCUAUGGAGCAGUACCACAAGGAGAUGCAGGAGGCCUCCGAGAUGCCCCUGCCGGACGAAGACGACCCAGACUUGUAAGCGAGUCCUGACUGCGAGUUGGCGAGCCGUGAUUCAAGGAGGAGAGGGCCAAGAAACAGUAACUUGCAUGGGAUUGGACUGAAUAGGCUCGCGCGGCUGCGUGUGUGGGCGCGUUUUGUCACGCCACUACCAGUGAAGGAAAUGGCAGUAAGUUGAUCCUUGCUACGCGAGUGAUGCUCGUGGUUCGUGCUCUCAACAUCUGAGAGCACAGCGUGAGCUUAUAGCCGAAAAGGGCCCUUCGAACUCGCCUGAAGUCGGAUGCAAAGCGUAGGCGUUCACAACAUUCAAAAGAAGGCUGUUUUAGAUAGAUGACGUGUACUCACUGCAAACGGCGAUCAGUGUGC